CUUAAUGGGUUUUUUUCCCCCCUCCUCAUUUUAGCAAACAUGUCCUGACCGAAGACAUUGUACACCGGGAGGUGACGGCGGACCACAAGCUGCUCUCCCGGCGGCUCCUGACCAAGACCAACCGGAUGCCCCGCUGGGCAGAGCGCUUCUUCCCAGCCAACGUCGCCCACUCCGUCUACAUCCUGGAGGACUCUAUCGUGGACCCCAAGAACCGAACCAUGACCACGUUCACCUGGAACAUCAACCACGCUCGUCUCAUGGUGGUGGAGGAGCGUUGCGUGUACCAGGUGAACCCGGAGAACAGCAACUGGACCGAGGUCAAGCGGGAGGCCUGGGUCUCUUCCAGCCUGUUUGGCGUCUCGCGGGCUGUCCAGGAGUUUGGUCUGGCCAGGUUCAAAAGCAAUGUGACCAAGAGCACUAAGGGAUUUGAAUACGUGCUAGCAAGAAUGCAAGGAGAAGCUCCAUCCAAAACACUGGUGGAAACAGCCAAGGAAGCAACCGAGAAAGCCAAGGAGACAGCUCUGGCUGCUACAGAGAAAGCAAAGGAUUUGGCAAGCAAGGCAGCCACUAAGAAGAAGCAGUACGUGUGAGGGGCUGGGCACAGACAGGCACCGGCCGCACCAAAACAGAUAGGAGCCUCCUUAGAUUUUAUAUUUUUAAACUGUACAAGUCUGACAAUCAGCUGCUGUUAGACCCUGAGAUGUAAUUAUCAUUAAAGAACUUACUCCCACCUCUGA